GUUCCUGCAAAGCCUUACCAAGUGCCAAACAAAGGCCAGCAGCGUGUGCAUCCACAGGAGACCAACUUUGACGUUGAUGGGCACAUUGAAACAGUCAGUGCGGGACCCUCACCCCGGCCGGGGACUUUGGCAUGGGAGACACAGCAGAGAAGGAGUGGUUCAGAGAGAUCUGGCUCAUCACUGAGGUCACAAGGAGCAGAGGACCUGCCUGCUGCUGUUGAGUUUGGACUGGACGCUGAAGAUCGCUUGCUGCAAGCUUCUAUCCUGGAGGUCAAGAACAAACAGGUCCAGUUUAAGCUGGCUCCGACCUACACUUUGUACAUGUCAGUCAGACAUCUGCUGUCUCCCAAAUCUCCGGUGACUCACCGAGCCCAGCUUGUCACAGAUUUCGUCACCAAGACUUCAAAGAUGUUUCAGCGCAGCAUCCAGGAUCACCACAACGACCCUUCUUCUCUAGCCUUUUGGAUGGCUAACUCCUCCGAGCUGCUGCACAUGUUCAAACAGGACAGGGAUAUCCACCCGCUGAGUGGCGUGGCCCAGGAGAUGUUGGCCGAGGCUGUGCAGGCAGCCUUCCAUCACCUGGUCAGGUGUCUGCAGGGCGACCUUCAGAGAAUUAUGCCUGCUUUCCUGGAUCAGUCAGAUGCCAGCGAUGGUGAUGAUAAAACGGGACAUCGCUACAACAUGGGUCGCCCCACCAUAGACGACAUCCUAGACACCUUGUCAGCAGCCAUGACCCUGCUUCGACGCUGCCGGGUCAACGCAGCCCUCACCAUCCAGCUGUUUUCCCAGCUGUUUCACUUCAUCAACAUGUGGCUGUUCAACAUCUUGGUCAGCGAGCCACAGCUGCAGCUGUGUACCCGGGCCUGGGGCUCUCGUCUGAAGAGGCGGCUCGGCCGUGUUGAAACCUGGGCGGAGAAUCAAGGUCUGGAGCUGGCUGCUGACUGCCAUUUAUGUAGAAUUAUUCAGGCAGCCCAUCUCCUGCAAGCUUCUAAAUCCAGCCCUGAUGACAUCACCAACAUCAGCUCCACCUGCUUCAAGCUCAACUCCGUCCAGCUGCGCUGUCUCCUCACCCGCUACCUUCCCGAGCCCAACGAGCCGCCCGUAUCUCCAGCGUUUGUGGAGCGGGUGGUGUCCAUCGCAGAAAACAUGGCCGAUGAAUUAGCCCGUUCUGAUGAACGGGAGAUCCGAUUGGAGGAGGACAGUGACCUUCACCUGCCAUUUCUGUUGCCGGAAGAUGGAUAUUCCUGUGACACUAUUCGGGGAAUCCCCAAUGGGCUGCCAGAGUUUGUCAAACAGCUGGAAAAUUCUGGCUUGUGUAGAUUUGUCAUCAACAGUGCUGCGUCUGGCAGCUGGACUGUGUAUAUGGGGGACGAGCACAUGUCCGAUCGAACGGGAGGAAGUCCAGACCUGGCCCUGCCACCGACCCCAGAGAUCAUCACAAUCGCUUUCAACAAGGUCAAGGGCAGUAUGGGACUCAGUAUUGUUGCAGCCAUUGGUGAAGGGCAGCCUGAACAAGGGAUCUACAUCAAAUCUGUAGUGGAAGGUGGUGCUGCCGCUUUGGAUGGACGGCUGCAAGCUGGGGACCAGUUACUGGAAGUGGACGGGAAGUCUCUGAUAGGUGUCACUCAAGACAAGGCAGCAGAAAUGAUGACUAAAACUGGCCAGGUUGUCAAGCUAAAAGUGGCCAAACGAGCUGUUUUAUACCAUAAUUUAGGAUCUUUACUUAGCCAGCCAUCGCCAACCAGCCAAAGAGCUGCUCAGACCAGAGCUCCAGGUCCAAACAGGACAUUCAGUGAUGAAGGUCCACCUCCCUACAAUGGAAGAGAUCCAAAGGCAGUCAAUGGCUAUGACAGAAUGCGAGCACCAUCAUCUGGGAACCUGACAGAGUCAAGGCCCGGAGGACCAGCUGAUCCUUACGGUUAUCGCCGCGAUGAGUCUCGUUCCAAAUCAACAUCCAACCUUCAUGUUGAAACAAACCUAGACCACAAUGAUGUGCGCCCGAAUAUGAAACCGGCUCAGUCAGUUGGUGUCUUACAUCCUUCUCAGGGUUAUGGCCAGCGCCCAGAGAUCAGGCCCAAUGACUAUGAAAACCAGCCAGGGUAUCCCCAGGCAAUAGGCCAGUACCAGGAGCAGCCAGUGAAAUCGCACAAUCAGUAUCCAUCUCAGGGUUACCAGCAACAGCAGCAGCAGCAGCAUCUCAAAACUUCAGACAGAUCAUCAUUGUCAUCAAGAGCAUCAACUACCAGCGCCAAGGAUCCUAGACCAACCUCUGCUUAUUACAGUCCUGAAAAUGUGGCCAAAGAAAAUCAAGACUUCUCCUCCAGACCUCGAUCGGAAGAUGUAGGCAGUAAACUGAAGGAGUGGCAGGAUAAAUAUGAAGACCCUCGUGUAGGCAGCAGACAGAGUCCUGGCAGACAAAGCCCACCUUACAGCAAUAUUGGUGCCCAGAAUCGGGAACCACCACCACAGCCUACACACAACCCGCCUCCAAAACCCACAGCUCACGAGCGACUCUUCAGCCAGCCAUCCAUUCCACAGAAGGUCAACAUCAACACAUACAACAGCCAGCCUAAUUUCUACGAGAACACAAUACCCCUGCAGCGGGAACCUCCACCACCAUUCCACCAGCUUCAGAAACCAUCCAGUGAAAGGGAAUUGAAGCCAAAACUGGCUCCAAAGCCAGCGGCAGCACCUGCUAAAAAGAACUGGCCCCGGGUGCAGCAUGUCGAUAUGCAGAAUCUGAAGGUGGACAACAGACAAAGCCAGCCGAAUUUCUUUGGUGGUGUACGACAGUCGCCUCAAAGCGGUCAGCCGAGCAGUCCACACAUCGUUCAGCAGCCACAGUUUAAUCAUAGAAACUCGGAGCAUGAUCAAAGUAGUGCAUCAUACGAUCAAAGAAGUACACAAAAAGAUCAAAGGAACAACCAGUAUGAUCAAAGGAACCCACCAUACGAUCAAAGCAGCAUGCCACAUGAUCAGAGAAACUCUCAGUUUGACCAGAGACCACAUCAACAAAGCCAGAGAAACCAGUCUCAGCCAGACCUGAGAAAUGAUCCUAGGUUUGCUCAGGACCUUAGAGUCGUCCCCGAUCCACGGAACGGACCUGCCUUUGAGUACCGGGGCUUCCAGCAGGAUCAGCACAAUGUUCCUGAUUCCAGAAACCUGCCGCAGGUUCGGGAUAGCUACCCUCAACAUCAUGGUAACAACAGAGAUGGAUUUUCACAACCAUCAGCUGCUAGAGAUGCCUACAAUCAACAGCAGAAUCCUCAAAAGUUAGCAAAUAACUUACCUCUCUCUCACGAACAAAUAAGAACAGCACAAGACCCAUACAUUCAGCAGCAGCAGCAGCGGUUCGUGGAUAGCAGCAACCAGUAUCGUUACUCUGUAGAAUCACUGGAUCUUCCUCCUCCCCCGACUCAUAAAGACAUACCCUCAGUGGUCCCUUCACCCCAGCUGGAUGACAACAGUGAAGAUUUGCCACCUCUUCCUCCCCCUCCAUCUCAUGAGAACCUGGUGGAGCAGAAACUGGUGGAGGAACAGCUGAAACUGAUGCAACAGAUUAAUGCCACCAAUCAGUUCUUGGCUACAGAUCCCAGACGAGACCGUAGAUACAGCCCAAACAUUGUUCAGCAACAGCAGCUCCAAACACAGUACCAGCCUCAGCCUCAGCAUACUCCACAGACACAACAGUACCACCAACAGCAGCAACAGCAGCAGCGCUUGCGGCCCCAGUCCCAACCCCAGCAGCCAGCUAUAAACCGAGUUCUUCCCCCAGGUGUGGAUGCCAGGGGUGUGACUCCACUGGGAUACCAAGUGAUCCAGGAUGGCUACAGACCCAACGACCCUACAGCCUACCAGGACUACCAGAACAUCAGCUUUGUCUCUGAUGUGAGAGCAACUACUGGCCCAGAACCACAAGCUCCCUCUGUAGCCCAGCCGUCAGCAGAGUAUAGUAAUUCAUUCAGUAACCCUGCUCUGAGAGCUCAGGGUUUUCAGGUGAAACCCUCUGCGCCAGUGUCCAAGGCUAAAGUCCGAGAGCGAAGUGACAUCAACACCAGGUCAGCCUGGGACAGAGAUGCCAAAGAGAAGGCACAGGAGGUGGAGAAGGAAGAGCUCUUUAGGAUUCUAGAACAUGAGGUUGUGGAUUUGGAGUCCAGGCCGUACUUGAAUCCUCAGGAGCAGGAGAGGUUGCGCAAGCUGAAAAUGGAGUAUGAGUUUCAGAGACGUGUCAAGGAGGUGUCUGAAACAGGAGAGGUGGACAAUGAUGACGAUGAACUGACAGAGAGGUCAUUUAACCGGGAGAAUGUCAUCCACUCACUGCAGGAAGACCUGGAGAAAUCCAGGGAACGGAUGCGUCAUUUCGAGCUGACCCAGCAGAGAGUGGAUGCUAGCCAGGAACAUGAUCGACUACAGGUACUUGAGCGCCGACUAGAAGCAUAUGAGAAAGAAAGAGAGGAGAUUGCCAAGCGGCUGCAGAAAAAACAGGAGAAACGAACCAUGGGACACCAGGAGCAAGAACAGCCUGCAGACUUUCAGGACAGAUACACGGAGAACCGGUCUGUCCAUGGGUCCUUGAACAAUAUGCAAAACCCACCUGGACUCCAGCCGGGUCAAGGUUCCUCAGAUUAUUCACAGUAUGCGAAUGUUCCCGGUCAGGUCUCUGUUGAUCCGUCAAGUCUGGCCCCGCCCCCUCCCGAGAGGAAGUCUUCGUAUGACACAUUUACCCAGCACCAGCAGAGAGCUUCAUUCAGGGGCAGUAACAGUAUGGAUUUCCCUGCACCUGCCCAGAGCAUCAACAACAGUGCCAGUGGCAAUCUGCCAUCAGCCUUGAAGAACUCUCAGGAGCCGCCACUGCCUGCCAAGAAAUCUGUGUCAUUUAACACGGACAUGAACACCUACAAGGAGCGGACACCCAACCACUCGGUGUCUUCCUACAGGUCACCUGUCGGGUCGGUCUCCAUUGACCAAGGGUUCCCUCCUGCUUCCAAUUAUAGCCCAGACACUGAUGUCUUUGACCCAGAUUCCCACCCUCUGCAUAACAUCAACAGCACAUCCCUGGACAGCAAACGGGCAGAGUUUGGCUAUAAUGCCUCCAGCGGAACCCCAAAUGUUAUCGGCACUCAAGAAUUCUAUCGAGACCCCCGCUCGCGGAUCGAGGCCAAGAUCGCAUCGCAGUCAGCCACCCGGGGUAUGGACAGGAUGUCAUUUAGGGACAAAAUGAAAUAUUUUAAUCAGGAUGAUACAAUUAAACUGAAGCCGAAAGCAUCAAAGACACUUAGGGAAAUUGAAUCUCAACUCAAUGGCCAGUAA